GCUUCCCUCGACCUUCUUCCCCCCUUGAGCCAUUGAUCGACACAACUUACCCUUUCUCUUCCGACCACGAUACCGCUGUGCGACCAAGCAACCCAUACGAUGCUGCCAUUGUGCAUUUCUAUUUGAGGAAAAUGAGGAACGAGGUAUUGUUGGCGCUGACGUUAGGCAACGAGAACGACGUCGUAAGCGUUUGCCCGCCUGUGCAAGGGUGAGGCUGGCUCGCCCAGAGUGGCUGUUAUUAUUAUCAUUGUUAUCAUCGUCACUGUCAUCAUUCGCUGUUGUCGUCGUCGUCGCCUUGUCAUCGCCCACAAGCAACGACGGGCGGCCAUGGAGAAGCUUCAGCGCGAGCGGACUCGCAGCCGGGCGGCAAGUGCUCCCAACGACAAGGUGAUUGCGAAAAAGAGAUCGAGCCUGGGAAGGGCGGCGGGGGGGUUGCAGAGCAAGCUGCUGGCGUCGUUGAGGAGCAAGAGGAAGAGCGGUGCGGGUGGCGGCGACGAGCUAGCGCCAUCGCCAGGCCUCUCGAGCCCGUUUCUGGAAGCGCUGUUCCGGCUGCCCGACGAGCUUCACAUCUACAUGCUGCGCGAGCUGUGCGUGGCCGACGUGCUGGCGCUGCGGCGCACGUCGCGCGUGCUCAACGUGCUCGUCGCGGAGAAUGCGCCUGCGCUGGUGCGCUACUGGGUCAAGCAUCGCAUGGGCAAUCUGCACCUGCAACUGUACCCGGCGCCGCGUGCCAGUGCCAUUGACUUGGCCUUUCUGCUCACCAUGAGGCGGCGGCACAUUGCGUCGAUGCGGUUGACGCGCCAGCUUGCCCAUCAUCUGGUGCGCGAGCCCGUGGAGCCCGCCUGCGCGCGCCACAAGCAGCUGUGGUCGUCCGUGUACGAGCGCAUGCUGCCGCUCGUCUUUGGCGUGGGCUACUUUCUCGACGAGCACCGCCGCCUGCUGCUCGAGCGAGACCUCGGCCACAUACGCCCGCGCUCGCGCAUCGGCUACCAUGUUCGCACCACGGCGGGCAUUGCCGACCAGGAGCGCAGCGUGGUGCGCAAUCUCGACGCCCCGCUGCGCCUGCACUACUUUUACAUGUACUGCUUCAUCGUGCAGGUGGUGCUGCGCAAGACGCGCCCGUCGAGCAGCGCGGGCGCCGUUGCAAAGCUGCUGCGCGGGUGGUCCAACCAGCAGCCCGCGUGCUCCGAAGACAUUGCCUUUUUCCUCAUCCUGGGCGGCAUCGGACGGGUGGCCAAGCUGCUCGCGUGCCCAACGUCGAGCGAGCGGCGACGCUACCUGCUCACCUUCCGCACCCACAUGUCGCCACACACGAGCCGGUGCUGGAGGCGGCACUGGAAGGACGCAGGCGUCGUGUCGCCUGCGCUGCUCGACGACAUUCCGUGCUCGCACAUUGGCAUCACGCAGCUCGACCAGAUCUGGGCGCCUCUGAUUGCCGACAUGAUGCAGCCGGCCGCUCGACAAUUUACCCACGACGAGCGCGCCCGCUAUGAGGAGCUAAAGCAAACGGGGAAAUUCAUCAACGAAGUCAUGGGCUAUGACAUUCUGCAGGGGCGGGCGGCCGACGGGGGCGAGUCUGACGACGACGGCGAGCCAUGAGGGUUGUUGUCGACUGGCCGUUGUGGGUGCAGGCCUAGUGUAGAGUAGGUGUAGAGUAGAGUAGAGUCGAGUCGAGUCGAGUAGACGAAAUGCACCGUAGCGCUGAAA